UCAAUUAGGAAAGAAAAUCUAGGAUUAUAAAAACAAUAAUUCUAACUUUAUUUGACGGCGAAUUUGAAUAUUUGACCAAUUUUCCUACCAUACAAUAAUCCCACCUACCCCUAGCAUCUACAUAGCAUAAACUAAAAAAAUCCAAGUACAAACAAAAUAGUAACACAAAAAUGAAAUAAAAUAAAAUUAAAAAUUAAAAAAAUAAAAAAAUAAAAAUAAAAAGUUGGGGUACAUAAAACACAAACUUCAGAACUCCUAUCUAAUUCAACCCUCACCAUCUUCUUCCUUCUCCUCUCAAACAAAAUCUCCCAACCUUAAAAAACAGAGGAAAAACAGGGGAAUCCAAACCCAGAAACAUGGCUCUGACAACAAGUUCAUCAUCUCUGACAACAAAAUCUCUCCUUUACAGUUCCCCUCAAUUCAAUUCUCCAAAACCCCAUCAACCCACUUUCUCUCUCCUCAAAAUCAAAGCUUCAUCUUCCUCAAAAUCUCCUUCAACAACCACCACAACCCGAACCCCAGACCCAAAAUGGUCAUUAGAAAGUUGGAAAUCAAAGAAAGCCCUUCAACAACCCGAAUACCCGAACCCGAAUGAGCUUGAUUCGGUUCUCAAAACCCUUGAAUCGUUUCCCCCAAUUGUGUUCGCGGGUGAAGCUCGAAGUCUCGAGGAAAGGAUUGGACAAGCUGCAAUGGGAAACGCGUUUUUGUUACAAGGUGGAGAUUGUGCUGAGAGUUUUAAGGAGUUUAGUGCUAAUAAUAUUAGGGAUACUUUUAGGGUUCUUCUUCAGAUGAGUGUUGUUCUUAUGUUUGGUGGUCAAAUGCCUGUUGUUAAGGUGGGAAGAAUGGCUGGUCAAUUUGCCAAGCCAAGAUCAGAUGGGUUUGAGGAGAAGGAUGGAGUGAAAUUGCCUAGCUACAGGGGUGACAACAUCAAUGGUGAUGUCUUUGAGGAAAAGGCUAGAAUUCCAGAUCCUCAUAGGAUGAUAAGGGCGUACACGCAAUCAGUGGCAACUUUGAACCUUCUUAGGGCCUUUGCUACUGGAGGGUAUGCUGCCAUGCAACGGGUCACACAUUGGAAUCUCGAUUUCACAGACCACAGUGAGCAAGGGGACAGGUACCGUGAACUUGCACAUCGAGUUGAUGAAGCUCUUGGCUUCAUGGCCGCGGCUGGACUUCCCCUUGAUCACCCAAUCAUGACAACAACAGAGUUCUGGACAUCGCACGAGUGCUUGCUCUUGCCAUAUGAGCAAGCUCUUACUAGAGAAGAUUCAACUUCUGGCUUGUUCUAUGAUUGUUCUGCUCAUAUGGUUUGGGUAGGGGAGCGUACGCGACAACUUGACUGUGCUCAUGUUGAGUUUUUGAGAGGAGUUGCUAAUCCUCUUGGCAUUAAGGUGAGUGACAAGAUGGAUCCUAAUGAGCUAGUUAAGCUCAUUGACAUUUUGAACCCCCAAAACAAGCCUGGGAGGAUUACAGUGAUUACCAGGAUGGGAGCUGAGAACAUGAGGGUAAAGCUUCCAAAACUUAUUAGGGCAGUUCGCCGUGCUGGUCAAAUUGUUACUUGGGUCAGUGAUCCGAUGCACGGAAACACCAUCAAGGCUCCUUCUGGACUCAAAACCCGAUCCUUUGAUUCCAUUAGGGCCGAGGUUGGAGCAUUUUUUGAUGUUCACGAUCAAGAAGGAAGCUAUGCUGGAGGAGUCCAUCUUGAGAUGACAGGUCAAAAUGUAACGGAGUGUGUAGGAGGUGGACGUACCAUCACAUACGAUGAUCUGGGCUCUCGUUACCACACACACUGUGAUCCUAGACUCAAUGCUUCCCAAUCUCUAGAACUGGCAUUCAAUAUUGCAGAGCGUCUUCGUAGACGAAGACUGGGAGCACAACGCAGUCUUAGCUUCAAUAAAUCCCUCUAGGAGAAUGAGUUUGUCUCCUAAUUUUCUUGUUGGCACUACUUACAAAUUGAGAUGCUUCAAUUUGGAAGGUAUAUUAUAUAUGUCUUAUUUUGAACCGUUAUCUUAGUCUCGAAGAAGAGAUCCUAUUUUGACUUGCUACUUAUUUGCAAGGUAACUGAAUAUCUGAUAUCCUUGUUCUUGGAUUAUCGAUGUAUGAUUUCGGAAACUAAAGAGUAUGAGACUUGUAUCAUGUAUGCUGGUAAUUGUCAGCCAUAAAUUACAAGACUUAGUUCACUGCAUAAGUAAUUACCACUUCUAAUUGAUGUGGGAUUAUUGAUGUUACUGAUUGGCUCAUUGCUAAGUACAUCUUGAAAUGGAACAGUUAGCUAAAACGUUUAUCACA